GGAACUAUUUGAAUCACGUGACCGUCGAGCGUCCCGGACUUCCGUCGUAUCAUAAUUCUCCGAAAGAAGCGUUCUGCUUGCGAAUAAUUCGCCGCCAUUUCGCGUUGUCCAGCAAACAGCUCGCGACUUACUCGAAUUCGUUUUAAUGUUUUACUUUUUAAGCAGUUUUGAUACACGUUUUGGAAUCGACCAGCAGCCCGACCAUGCCGCCGACAGAAAAGAAACGCAAGGAUAGGGUUACGACUGCCAUGUCGGUCGCGGCCCAGAAGAGAAUCGGUGAUGUAGCUGCUGAUAGGGACAAGCUGUAUCGCUGGAGGCAUGGCCACCAGGACACACUGACUAAAUUUUGGCAAAAUAACCCGAUCUUCUAUGACAAAACAAAGCCACAUUUUAAGGACAAAUUUCUAAAGAUCCAACUUGUGCAAGAGCUGAUUGAUAAAAACAGUGAGGAUUGGGAGAAGAUCCACAGCCCUCUGCCUACUGUUACUCAGGUGGAGGCACAUUUACGCAACAUGAGGACCAGAUUUGUUAAGUUGCUGAAACUCCAAGCGGCUUCCCCUGAUUUGAAGCUGUCCUUCACACAGGAGAAGAUCUUGGAGCAGUACCAGUUUCUAAGGCCACAUAUUCAACGCAGUAGGUCAACAGGAACCCACAAUUUUCCUGGUGAACAGCCUGAAGGUGAAGCUGACAGUGUGGUGAAUGAUGACAAUGAUAAUGAUGACCAGAACGAUCAGGAGAGUCAGCAGGCCUCCACGUCUCAAACCACACAGAAAUGUAAAGAAAAGGAGAGAGGACGGCCGACUUCCCUUUCACCAUCUCCUGUAGCAGACAGUGAGGACGACGUGUCUGAGAUGGAGAUUUUGCAGCAGGCCAAGAACCUGAUCUCAAACAUCAGGGCCCCGACAAAAUGUCAGCAGGAAAGGAAAGUCAGGGACUUCUGCAGAUAUUUAGAGUCCGAGCUGCUUCAGAUACCUGAAUCUGCAUGGGAUGAGUGCAGCUUCGCCAUGAUAAACACAGUCAGAGGAUUCAAGCAAAAGACUCAGCAACCAGGUCAACUGAUUUUAACACUUCAGCACGGUAAAACUUGCUAUAUACUUCCAAAGAAGUGAGACGUCUGUUCUCGCUCACGUGGUUGUGAGACGUUCUUUCUCUCAUGGACAUUUUAAACUCUGAAGAGAAACUGGCAAGUACUCGUGGUAAGCCCCUCCCACUGUAGCACACAUUGUGUGUGAACAGCAACAACGUAACAAGAUCACGGCUGGAUAAACUAGAUGGUUUUUUUUGAUGGAUACGUUAGAGGAGAUUUGUCUGUUAAACAUGGAGAAGUGCAAAUUUGUUACAAGAGACUGGCACCCUUUCUAUCGGACGAUGCGGGAAAAUGUCUUUUAGCUACAGUACCUGCAGAUAUCCGGCUGAGACACACUCUCUUCCUGUCACACAGAUCCAUCUGUGUCACCACGCCGAUGUCUCCAUGCACAAAAAUUGUGCUCUAUCCUUCCACCGGUUCUUCGACCAUCUUUAUAAGACUUUUUUACUUUCAUAAGUUUUGCUAGAGUACUUGUAAAGAUGACUGUUUCUUACGGUCUCGACCAGCUGAUCCUCAGCAUAGCCCUUGAAGCAAAAUGGAAGCAGUGUACUUUCCUGCAUAAACACAACCCCAAAGUUCUGACCAGUUAAACAGUACACAUACCUCUGAAUGUACAAAGCUUUGCCAAGGGGCUUGUGCACAAAACCUGUUCUCAGAGGCAUCCGUAAAAGUGCUGAGAGGAAGAGACUUUGUUACCUGUUUUUGUUAUUUAUCAUUUCUUGGCGCUUGUGCUCUGACAAGUUAUUCUACAGAGCUAGAACUGUAUUUAGUGAAUUCAUACCUAUUUAUUUCAUUGUAUGUGUGUUUUUUCAUUGUAAAAUAAAAUAUGCAGCGAGUGUUUUGUUAAAGAAAA